AUGCCUACCAUUAAUCUAGCGUCUUAUGUGGAUGAUGUGGACGAUUUAACGCCCUCUAGGAAAAGACUGAAGAUCAAGCCUGUCGACUACGAUGUAUUUAAGCCCGGCAGCAUUGUCAAGAUACGGCUUGAGAACUUUGUGACUUACAAUUAUACCGAGUUCAACCUUUCGCCAUCACUGAAUAUGAUCAUCGGACCCAAUGGCUCUGGUAAAUCGACCUAUGUAUGUGCCGUGUGCUUGGGACUUGCCGGUAAACCUGAGUAUAUCGGAAGGAGUAAGCAAGUAGAAGACUUCAUUAAAAAUGGACAAGACACUUCAAAGAUUGAAAUUGUUUUGAAAGAUGAUCCCAAUAUCGAUAUUGAAUUCCUGGGCUCUUCAUUCCAUAGAAUACGAAAUAAUGGCAACUACAAGGGCUUAUUAACCAUCACCAGGAAUUUAGAAAAAAGAACUAAGAUAGGUAGAAACCUUGAAAAGCGUAGAACGCAAGAAUACAGCAUUAAUGGAUUACCGACAACUGAAAGUAACGUACGAAACUUAGUUAGCAAGUUCCAUAUCCAAUUGGACAACCUAUGCCAGUUUUUAUCACAGGAACGAGUAGAGGAAUUUGCUAAGCUUCGACCUGAAAAGCUACUGGAUGAAACCAUACGUGCCAUUGAUUCUGAACUAUUAUCAAUGUUUGAAGUGCUAAAAAAGCUACAAUUACAGGAAAUAGAAAUGUCAAAUGAAAUACAAACCAAUACAGACAGCUUGAAAAAGCUCAAGACAGAUGAGGAGAACUUUCAACAAGAAGUUCAACUAUUAAAUGAGUACCAAGAGACACUGGAUACAUUAGAUAAGCAUAAGAAAUUAUUGCCUUACCUUAAGAUUCAAGACCAUCGAGAAAAACUGUUAACAUAUAAAAGGCAAGUAGAAGGUGCAAAGAAGCAGUUACAAGAGUUUCAGAAGGAGAGAGAACCCUAUAUGCAGGUACUAGCAAGUCUAAAUGAGUCUGAUGCUCAACUUAAUAUAGAAAAAGAAAAUAUCGAAGAAAAGAAAGUAUCGACAAAAAGGAAACUAGAAAAGACAGUGUCAAAAUUGAAUGCUUUACGAGAAGAGAUUGAAAAGAAAAACUUACAAAUCGAAUACUAUAAAGGAAGAUCAAAUAAGCUGAAAAUAAAGAUCGAAACAAAGAAGGAAGAUAUAGAUAAUAUCAAACGUAAAAUUUCUGAUAUCGAAACUCCUGAGGAAUCUGAAGUUACAGAACUUGAAAGAAAGAGGAAUGAUUUGAUAGAACGCGAAAGUCAGGUAAACUCUGAAAUUGAUGAAGUAGAUACCCAAAUGUCAACGCAAAAUCAUAACUUGGCCAUCCUUGAGAGAAAAAUGGUGGACAAAAAGUCAUCUCUAACCAGCACAGAUAAUAUUCACUUACUUGACCAAUUGAAUGACAGGGACCUAAAAAGAGCUGUUUUGUUCUUGAGGAAAAAUAACGAAGCCAGAAAAGUAGUACUUGAACCACCUGUAUUAACAGUUUCAGUUACACAUAAAGAUUUUGCUCCUUAUCUAGCGCAAUGCAUUGAUUAUAACACAAGCAAGGCGUUCACACUAAUUAAUGAACAAGCUUACAAUACGUAUGGGAAAGAAAUUCUCAAGCACUUCACAGCCAAUACCAGACAAUUGACAGGAAGAACUAAUUCUCCACCUGUUUCAAGGGAGAGAUUAAGACAAUUAGGUUUUGAAGGAUAUCUUUCAGAUUUUGUUAAAGGUGACAGUAAUGUUAUCAAAAUGCUGUGUGAAUUUCAAGGAAUUGAUCAAAUACCAGUUUCAAGAAAGAAAUUUAGCGCUGAACAAUUAGAAGCACUGAUUAAACCACAAUCUAACAACCAACCGUUAUUCAGAAAAUUCAUUCAUGGAACAAACAUGUUAAAUGUUCGUUAUUCAAACAUGACUAAGCAAAUGUAUUCGGUUGAAAUAGUGGUGAAACCGACCAAUCUUUAUCAGGGUUACGUUUUGAGUAGUGAUGAGAAACAGAGGAUCAAUAAUGAAAUGAAUGACUUAAAAAAACAGAUAGAGGGAAUAAAAAAUACCAUGAAUCAAUCAGCGGGUAAAAAGGCCCAAUUAAAGAUGCAACUGAAUGAAAUUUCGACAGCAAUGAAUGAUAUCAAUAAAAAGUCGAGGUAUAUUUCUAAUCUUAAAAGACAGAGAUCUCAAUAUGAAGAGCAAUUGCGAUUUGAGAAAGAGAAAUUAGAAGAAUAUAAAAAAGACAUCCGAAAAGAUACUGCACCCAAAAUCCAGCAAAUAGAGAAGUUGAUAGGAGAGUCUUUAAAGUCUGAAAUCGAUUGUACCAUCGAACUUGAAAAUAUUGGAAGAUCAUUGAGACACAUACAAAUAAAAAACUUGCAAGCAGAUAUAGCAAUUUUUGAACAUAACAAUAAAAAAACUGUCGUAAAGAGCUUUUUACAAUCUUUUGAGGAAAAGAAAAAUGAACUGAGGGCAAAGUAUGAUGAGCUCAAGAACAAAUAUAAAGAAUUGAGAGAUACAGAGGAAUACCGACAAUGGAGACGGGAUAUCGAUGCAUAUAACCAGGAAACAAAACAAGUUUUGAAUGAUUUAGCAGAAAAAUAUAGGGAUGAAGAUAAAUUUAAUCUAAUUUAUGUUGAGCAAAUUGUAAAUAAACUAGAAUCCAAGAUUCAGUUAUCCAAUCAUGAUAGAUCGGCAGUGGCACUUUUAGAACAAACGAAAGCAAAAAUAGCUGACUUAGAAGAUAAGUUACCAACCCAAGUAAGAAAAUGUAAUACAAUCAGGAAAGAAAUGAGUGAUAAGCAGAAGGUUCUAGAACCGAGACUUGAGUCAAUAGUCAGUGGAAUAGGCAGAAAAUUCUCUGAAUUAUUCAAAGAUGUUGGAACAGCCGGUGGUGUAACAUUGAACAGGAAAUCUAAACUGUUUAGUGACUGGAAGUUAGAGAUAAUGGUUCAAUUUCGAGAUGAGGGUAAACUAAGUGGUUUAGAUAGCCACACACAGUCAGGUGGUGAAAGAGCUGUAUCGACAGUGCUUUAUAUGAUUGCAUUACAAAAAUUUACACAGGCUCCGUUCAGAGUAGUGGAUGAAAUCAAUCAGGGUAUGGACACCAAUUUUGAGAGACUAGUUCACAAAGCCAUGGUCCAAAAUGCUUGUGAAGAAGGAACAUCUCAGUAUUUUUUAAUUACACCAAAAUUGUUGACUGGAUUGAACUACCAUGAAAAGAUGAGGAUCCAUUGUGUCAUGGCAGGUUCUCACAUUCCUAAUCCUUCUGAGGAUAUUCACAUGGCACAUCUCGGUGAGGUGUCUAACUAUGAUAUAUAA